AGGCCCUUUAUAUUGUGGUCUGGUGCAGGAAUAGAAAAUGAUAGAAAACAAGCCUAUAACCUAAAUUCUGAAAUGUUAAUGACGCUAGUUUGGAUAAUCAAACUAACCAAAUAAAAAAUAUCUAUAUAACUUUUGUUAAAAUACAACGAAAUAAAAAUGGGAAGGAAGAAAACGGAAGUAUUUCUUUACAAAUACAGUGAUUGAAUAAUACUAAAAACAAAAUGGAUAUUAUAAAGGAACAUCUAUUAGUACCCACGAAGUAUAUGACACUGUUAGAUGAGAGAAUUUGUUUGACAAUUCAUAAAAACUGGCUUUCCCGAUUUUCAAUAGUCGGUCCACUCACUUUUAUCAGUCACGAUCGUUUGUCCAACGAUGAAAUCGCUGCACAACCCACUAUUGAGGAAUUGGGUAGCGAUUGGCUGAAAAUUUAUGCAAAAGUAUAUAUAAAGCAACACAAGAAUGCAAUUCCUUUGCCAAGAGAAAGGCCUACUAGCAACAUAAGGAACCAAACGGAGUUGAUGUUUUCGCAAUUGCUACAUUAUGUAGCAGAAACUAAUUAUCGAAAUCUGUGGAAAGAAACUUAUAAGAAGUAUUACAGUCCUUGGAAUUUUAUUGAACAAAGAGAACAAUCUAAUAUUACUGCUAAUGUAAGCGAUAUCACUAUUAUGCUUGAAAUACUAAAUAGAAUGUACGGCUGUACUUUGGUGCAAGUGCGAUAUGGUACAGUUUUAUCAGUGUCAAAUGGUAUGCUCUCUGAAAUACAUUGUAAUCUCGUACCAGUCCAUUUUGCCAUAGAAACACCAUCCGCAUUUAUAAUAUUUUACGAACAGACUGCCAAUUAUUCUCUUCGUGAAUGCGUAAUGUACAGUCCUGCUGCUCUUACCACAAGCCAUGGGAAACCAUUGUUUAUAAUAUAUCAGUUAUUGAGAUUAUCAAGAGAUUUGCAUGAUCGUGGACUUGCAUUAGGAGAAAUUACACUCAGUGACAUAUUAGUUACGAAAAAUUUUACUAUUCAGGUAUUACCGAAAUUAGACGAUAAUAUUUAUUUAAAACCUGACGGCGAAUGUACAAACAUCAUUAUUCAAGAGAAUAAAAAGAAAAAUAUGAGUAGCAAUGUUUGCGGCAAAAGAGACGACGUACCUCGUUCAAAUAACACUAAUUUUGGUUUAAAUGAGAAUAUUGAAAAAUUGUGUGAGAUGUGGAUGUACAAUUGUAUCAGCAAUUUUGAUUAUUUAACAGCACUCAAUAAUUUGGCUGGCAGAAGAUACGGUAAUCCUAAUUGUCAUCAUGUUAUGCCUUGGGUAACAGAUUUUACUUCAAGAAACGGCGGAAACUGGAGAGAUCUGACAAAGUCAAAAUUUCGAUUAAACAAGGGAGACCGACAGUUGGAUCUUACAUUUGACUCGCAGUCAACUGAGGUCGGACAUCAUGUAUCCGAUGUUUUGUCGGAAAUUACUUAUUAUGUGUAUCUUUCACGUCGCUAUAAUAAAUCUGUGCUUUGCAAACAUGUACGACCGUUAUGGGUACCUGGAGAAUAUCCGGUCUCGAUUCAGAGACUACACGAUUGGAGUCCCGAUGAAUGUAUACCACAGUUUUUUAUAGAUCCCAGUGUUUUUAAGUCCAUUCACGAGGAUUUACCAGAUUUAGAAAUUCCAGCAUGGGCAACUUCUCCGGAGGAUUUUAUUGAAAAACAUAGAGAAGCAUUGGAGAGCUUUUAUGUUUCGGAAAGAUUACAUCACUGGAUAGACUUGACUUUCGGCUACAAAUUGUCUGGUUCCGCCGCUGUAAAAUCAAAAAACGUUUGUCUACAGUUAGUUGAUAAUCACACCGAUUUAACUAAUUCUGGUGUUGUGCAACUUUUCACACAACCACAUCCACAAAAAAUUAUUCCAUCUCCCUAUUGGGGUAAAGUACCACCACGUCUUCGAUCGAAAUCAACUAAUAAAAGCAAAAAUGAUCAAGUCGCCAGUAAAAUUAGUGACGACGAAAGCCACAGUUCUGGUAUUGAAGAGGAAGAAUUAUCAAUAACAGUAACAAACACAUCAAGAUCAUCUCCUCUUGUAUUGAGUCGAUUGCUGAGUCGUUCCAAGGGUUCCUUGCUUUCGGAUGAUAAUGUUAAAUUGGACAAGUCGAUUAAUCAGCCUAUUAUCCUUCCGAAGGAUUUUAAUCCUAUUACGGCACUUGUACAAGUAGAAACUACACAUGCUUUUAUGAACAAAAUCAAUCAUCAGGUUUAUAAAUCUGCAACAAGAAUGCAUGAUCCUUUCACUAAUUAUAAACAAAUCGUGGCCAGUGGACGUAUCAAGGAACAACAAAUAAUUGGUUGUCUGAUAGUAGAAAUCUUUCUAGCCGACAAGUUUCGUGCGACCUGGAACGUUGAAAAAGUAUCAUUCGCACAGAGAUUUGUGACAUGUCUGAAUAUCUUGAAGACAUCAGCGGAUAAUUUACCGAAAUGUAUAAAAAACAUCGUGUCUUUAUUAUUGCAAAUUGAUAUUAUGCCAAAAAGUUAUAAUAUUGGCAAUGAAGAAAUGAAUGACAUUUUGACGAUAAAUGAAAAUCUUUUUCGUUAUCCAACAAUAACAUAUAUGGGCCUUCCACCACCAUCCGCCCAUCAAUUUCUUCAACCAAUUUUAUCUGGCAGUCUAUUUCCGUUUUCCAAAUAUUGUCAAUACUUAUAUAAUAUUGUGGAAAUGUUGCAAGAGUAUAAUGGUCUGGUACGAGAAUUAAAUUCUAUUAUGAAGAUCGAUGACGAUGUAGAUUUUACGGUAAAAACAAAAACUAAGUAUUUAUGCAAAAUUAGCGAGUGCAAAGUAAAAGCGAUCGCUAGAGAAUUAGAACGACUAUUAUCUUAUGCUGAUGGUAUGAGAGAGGCUACUUUGCAAUUGAUAGUGCCUCACGUAGUACAAAUCAUGGAGGAACCUUAUACCGCAGUUUUGGCAGUGUGGCAUCUUUUUGAUCCUAUUGCAAAAACAUUGGGGCCAAAGGAUACAGCUGACACAUUCCUUUUACCUAUUAUGAAACUGUACGAAAAUGGUUCUAUUAUGGAUACUACAUUGUAUGUCGAUAUAAUACCUGCUGGAACUCUCGCAAAGUUUCGAACUACUCGAUUAUAUCACAGAACGUUUUUGCUGAAACUAAUAGUAAGAUUGAGGCUACAUAGAUUCUUGGACAAUUUUAUAAACCCUUUGGUGGAAGCAGUGGGUGGAUAUAAGGAUUAUGUGCAGGGCUCAGUCGAUACGUGCACACAUAGAACUGUGAAUUUGAAGAGCUGUGACUUGAGUGGACCUUGCAGCGAGGGAGAAGGUAUUUUAUCUCCAUUAGAUGAAGAUUCAUUUGCAGACACUGAACAUAAUGUCUCUACAUCUUCUAUACCAACCAUCAACGAUUAUAUAUUUAAUGUAACGACAGAUAACGAUGUCGAAGAGGUAUUCGCUAUGGAGACGGAGGACAAUUCGUGGAACAACAUCACACCGUACGAUAUUGACUUACACAUUGAUCUGAAUUUGAACGCUUGCGAUGAUUUAAAUGACGAUGGGAACAAAAAUUCUCCUGGCGGAUCCGCCAAAUCACCAACGAUUCCAAUACCUAAACAGUCGAAUACCAGCGGUGCUAAAUUAGUAACCGAGUUUAAUAGUAUCGGCUGCAACGUCGGCAGCAAAACUUCUAGUGAAGAGUUUACUUGCGUCAGCGUAUACGCCACGAACAUCCAAUCUAAUAGUAAUCUCUCGGAAAAUAUCUGCAACAUAGAUACCAAGGAGGAUAAUUCUGCCGUGCCUUCUGCGGAUUUCAAUAACAAAAGCGACGCAAUUACAUCCGAUGAAAACAUACAUCAUUUGGAUCAUAUUUACCGAAAAUCCGUUCUAAGUGAAUGCACGAUUUCCGAGAUGAGCGCAGAAUCUGUUAUUUGGUUAUCUCAUAGACUCGGACCAGUACUCACAGCGCGAUUUUUGUCACGAAAUCUUUUAAGAAUGCUGACGUUAUGUUAUGCCGGAAAAGAAAAUUUAACACCCAUGGACAACGAGAAUUUUAUGCAUCUGGAAGACGUUACAUGGCAAAAACCAAUAUUAGCUGGCGAUCAGAAUGCUGCUAAAGUUUUAGAGUGUCUCACAGCUAUUGCAGGAUUAUAUGGAGAACAAAUUAUAUUGUUGCAAUAUUUUGCACAUAUAGUUGAGCUAUUAGCAUUGUGUAAGAGAAAGUUAACGCAGAAUUUGGAAGGAGGUCUAAUUUCUUGUUUGGCUUUAUUAAAUCACAUUACACCCUACCUCAGCGAUUCUACAGUGAUGGACGUACUUCAUGAGCUGAUUGUUAAAUCUAUAUUGCAUCCCACGGUGCGCAUAUUAUCAACUGCGAGAUUUACAUUUCCAAAUGGAACGCUUGCUCGCAUUGCCUUGGCUGAAAAAUGCUUGGAAGCGAUGUUCACUCUCAGUUUACGGCUUGGCAGUGUGAUCACUAAGAAUCAUAUGACAGUACCAAUUCAACGUUUUUUUCUGGCCUUUGAGAAAACUUUUAAUGAAAAUUCAGAUGGCGGAAUUCCGUCGAAUAAUUUUGGGCAAAAAGCAGGCGCAAUUGGUGAACAUUUCGUACGGACAAAGGCUGCAAUUGAAGAAUCUGCUAAUGAUGGAACUUGUGUAUGGAACAAAUUUGAUACGGAUAUUGCAGAUUCAUGUUCUCCUCCAAUCGUAGAAAAUAGCGACGUGCCAAAUUUACAAAGAAAUAGAGCAUUUGAAGAACUACGAUCUGUGUUCACUACUGAGUUCGCUCAUAAGGCAUAUAUGUUAUUUUACAGAUGUAUUGAUACUGAAAUGAUGGAGCAUAUUCUUAAAAAUCACGAGCAUAUACAAAAAUUUUGUCACGAUUAUGAACAAGGAAUAAAAGCUACCUCCAUAAAUAACGAUAAAUACAACACGUCUGUGGAUUACGACGUGGAGGAUGUUGAAUCAGUUGAUAAAGCUGUUUGUAGUUUCGGGAACAUAUCUGUAAUAGGAAAUAGAUUUGAGAUACAGAAAGAUGACGCAAGAUCUCAAUCGGCGACGGAAACGAGUGUCAUGAGUCGCGAAACAACUUGUCCGUUGUCCGCUGGUAGACAACUGCGCGGUAAUUGGCUGGCUUAUUGGGAACAUGAGAUAGGGAGACCAGAGAAAAAUGCGAUAUUUAAUAUAAAGCAGAUAAAACUCCAGACUUUUAACGGACAUACAAAUAGCGUAAGAUGUCUUUACGUAUUGGACAAUGAAAAUAGUUUUAUGAGCGGUGGCAGGGACAAAACUGUAAAACUGUGGAGUUUACGAAGCCAGGGUGAUGGAACUACAGUCUCGUCGUGCCAAUAUACAUAUACUGGACACAAAAAGUCUAUUCUUUCGCUUACAUUCCUGGAAUCUCUGAGAUAUGCAGUGACAUGCGAUGGCCAAAUUCAUUGUUGGGAUCCUUUCAUGGGUUCACUUUUAGGAUGUCCUGAGAGUAAUCGUCCCGUUCCUGUGAACACUUUGGCUUCAAGUCCUUCUCCGUCUACAAAUCUUCUCGUAGGAACAACAGAUAUUACUCUUAGAGUUAUUGACUGCAGAACAUUUCAGUAUGUCAACGAAAUGAAAAUUUCCAUGAAUCCGACUGGCUUAAUAAGAUGUAUCGCAGUGUCGCCUAGUGGUUAUUGGGUCGCUUUAGGCCAAGCAUCAGGCUUCUUGACGAUACUCGACACUCGUACCGGCCUGAUCAUUGCAUCUUGGAAGGGACACGAAUGCGAGAUAUUGCAAUUAGAGGUGAUAAAUGAAACGACCAUCGUUAGUUCUUCUUUGGACCAAACUAUAGCCGUGUGGAGUGCAAUAGAUGGAAAACUUAAAUUUCAUAUGAAAGGUGCGACAGAGCCUGUUCAUUGCAUGGCGAUGCAUGAACAGGAAUUAGUGAUUGGAACGACAGCGAAUCGAAUUGGUGUCUAUACUACUGUCGAAAUGACUGCAUCAUUAAGUUCAUCCAAGUUAAAAUCCGAUGCUUUUAAAGGCAUUCUUACUGCCAUGGCUGUCCUUCCUCUCAAUCGCUUACUAUUGUUAGGCGCCGAUAAUGGUGGGAUAACAUUGCUAUGUUAAGAACGGUUAUUACAGAAGAUAUACGAAUAUCUGGACUUAUAUUAUUAAAUAUAACAAUAAAGAAUAGAAAAAUAUAUCUAACUUAUUAACAAAAACAUUAAAAAAAAAUCAAUUAUAAUAAAUAUCAUUUUUACAAGAUAUAUUUGAGAGUAAGAUUCCCUAUACAUGGAUAAUGUCUGUUCUUGUCGCUAGUACUUUUAGAGCUAGUUUUGCAGAUAUUUUGUGUACCCCAACGUCCGCUAAAACUUCUAUUGAUGCACUUGUGUUAUUAUUUAACGUUUCUUGGAGCAAUAUCGCUGAACCCAUUAAGAUAUUUAAAAGUAUACACCCUUCUUUGAUUCUGAAAUGUCAAAAAAUAUAAAUUAUCCGUUUCUAUCCUUAAGUGAAUAAUUUGAAGGAAGUAUUCUAGUCCAGAACUUUAAAAAAUCAAUCUUUUAAAUUUUUAAAAUGUUUAAUAUUAUUUAAUAUUUUCUAAAUAUUUUUUUUAAUAUGUUAAAAUUAAGUUCUUAAAGAGUUGAAUUGAUAUACAUAAAAAUAAUGAAGAUAUAGGUUAUGUGUAAGGUGUUUAAUGUGCUGUAUGUUUUUCUCAAAACAAUAUUUUUCAAGUUAAUUGACACAAUUUCUGAAAAAUAUUGAACUAUUGAAUCUCACAUUUAAUUGUGACACUUAUAUAAAAUAUUUAUUUAUCGCAUGAAUUAAGAUUGUUGCAAUAUUUAUAACUUAUUUUUAAUUAAAUUCCACAUUUUGGAAAAAUCAAAAUUUGUUUUUUUAAACGCACUUUAUUUUUAUAAUUUGUAAUCAUUUUUAUUUAUUCUAGUUCAAACUAUUGCUAUAUUCAUAAUAACUAAAAAUCCUUUUGAAUUUUUUGUAUCAAUUAAGUUGGAACUGCAAUCGUUCAGCCAUUAAUAUGUUUUUUCUUACACUUUACUCUCAAAUUUACGUAACAUAAAAUUUACGUAACAUUAAUAAACAUUUGGCCAUAUAAAAUUUGUAAAUAUUUAUAAAAUAUGUAUAAGUAAAUGUAUAAAUAAAAAUGUAGAAAAACA